GAGCAGUGUUCAACUCGAGUGCUGAAAAGUGAAAAAACUGCACAAAAACUGCGUGUGGAAAACGCUGGCAGCGCAGCGUUUUCAUUUAGUUAUUCGUGCGAUAUUUUGAUUUUAAUUGUUAAAAUGCCAAGUGUAUAUGCAUAUGCUAAAUAAAUGUGAACGAUCAAGCAAUUAACGAAAAUGUUAUAAACGACCAAAGUGAAGUAGACAAACGUUUGUUCUACUUAUCCACAUAACGCGCACACGCACACAACACACACACGCGAACACAAACACACUGAUACACUCAAACACAUACACACAAACACACACAUACGCGCGUUUGGUGCGCUGCCGCUGAGUGUCAACAGCUGCCGCAGCCGCUGCGUCUCUGCCGCUGCCGCUGCCUUUGUGGCCGCAAUCAAAAUGUCGGACAUUAACGACGAUUUGCUCAACUAUGAACUAGGAUUGGGCGAUGACAUCGAUGAUCAGGCGCUGCUUGGCGCCGACGAGGAUGAGCUGCUGCUCUCCGAUGAGGAGCUUGAGAAAGAUGUCACCAGCGAGGUGAAGCUGCAGAUGCGCGCCGAGGCCGAGGAAUGGGCGCAGGAGCAGCUGCGCAAGCACAAGGAACAGCAGGCGGCAACAGCCAGCAAGACUGUGGCGCAGGAGACCGCUCCAGUUAGCACUAUCACUAUCGCUGCUGUGGAGCCAACUGCAGCCCUGAAAGAGAGAGAUUCCUCCUCCGGCGACACUGUGGUUGCAGCUGCGGAAACAACCACAGCGACAGUUGUCACUGAGUCACAAGUGACACAAGUCACGGAAUUGGCAGCAGCUACCUCGACAACAGCAACAACAAGCGCAACAAGUGCAGCGCCAUUGCAGGAGGAGAUUGCUGAGAAGAUGACAGGACAGGAGGACAUCAAACAAACUGUGAAUAAUGGCAGCAAUAUUGUCAGUCAGCUGGAAAGCGCCACAGAGACGGAGGCGGAGGCUAGCGAUGCUGAUCCUGAUGUGGGUUUAAACUCCUCGGUGCUAGCCUCGUCCCAGGAGAGUCUGCCCAGUGUCAGUUUCAACUCGGAGCUGCCCGAUCCACGCGAGGAUGAGGAGGAGCGCGAGGAGCGAACCAAUUUUAAAACUGCCAGUGAGCGUUCUGACAACCACAAGCAACAACAACAGCACUCGUUGCAACAACAACAACAACAAAGGCGACACCACAACACAGACAAACCUCGCAUGGGAGGUCCUGGCAAUGGUCGCUUUAUGCAAGGCAACAACCCGAACAAUCCGAACAACAAGCGGGUUAUGGGAGGAGCACGUCAUCAUUUGCUGCGCAGUCCUGGACCACCGCACAUGUUCAAUCCACAGCGGAUGCUGGGCGGAAUGUCGAUGCCGAUGUCAAUGUCACGAUUUCCUGGCCCAUAUGCACAACAACAACAACAGACACAAGCACCUCCAACACCCACACAACAACAACAACAGCAACAACAACAGUCGCCAUACACAAACAACAAUGCAGCUGCUGUGCCUCCAGUUGGUCCUGGCACCGGUCCCUCCCCCUCCCCGCAUCUACACAAUCCCCACAAUCCACACAUGCAUCAUCAGCAUCACAACAAUCACAACAACAACAACCACAACAGUAACAGCAACAACAACAAUAGCAACAACAAUGGUCCAAAUGGUUUGGCACCACCGCAUCUAUUGCCACAUCCACAACAGCAACAGCAGCAUCCACAUCAGCAACAGCCGCAUCCACAUCAGCAACAACAGCAUCCACAUCAGCAACAGCAUCCACACGAACAGGUGCGUGUGGGCUUGUUGCAACCGCCAUUGCCCCUGCCACUUGGCUAUGCCAAUGCCUAUCGCAAUGGCGCACUGUUGGGUCAGGGACCACCACAUCCAGCCGGUCCAGGUGGUCCAGUGACGCCACAUUCACCCGGCAUGCGUCCACCACCGCCGCAGUAUCGUAAUGCUCCCUCGGGUUAUGGUCCACCUGGUCCUGGUCCCGGUCCCAAUGCAGUUUCUGGGCCUGGUCCUGGUCCUGGUCCAGUUACUGGCUAUGAGCCGCAUCUGGCUGGUCAAUUUAUGCGUCCACACAACGGUUGGCGGCCACAGGGGGGUGAGGUGCCUGGCACUCGCAUGCCACGCCCACCAUUGCAGGCGUUGCCACAGCAUCUGAUGCAGCCGGGACCCGGUUACAUGAAUGGCAUGAACAUGCGUGCUCCACCUCCACACAUGCAACAACAGCAACAACAACAGCAGCAGCAACAGCAACAGAAUGCGGCAGCAACAGUUGCUGCCACACAUCCACAACAACAACAACAACAGCAGGUGGCAUCACAGGCAUCUGCUGCGUCUGCUGCUGGAGGAGGAGGAGGGGGAGGCGGAGGCAGCUCCUCUGGAGGUUCAUCCGCUGUGCCGCGUGGCGUUGUCAGCAAGGUGCUGAUCAAUCCCAACUUUAAGGGCGGCGUCGAGGCGGCGACCAACAAGUUCAUCAAGGAGACGCACUUUGUGCCGGCGAUAAACAGCGAGGCGGAGCUGCUGCGUCAGCAGGAGGAGUUCAUCAACAAGAAUCGGCAGUACUUUGAGAAGCGUCGCAUGGAACGAUCUCCGCCGUUGCCCAGCUCCGGUUCCGGUUCCGGUUCCAAUUCAGCGCUGCCAGCGGCAAUGAAUGAGCGGCGUCGCAGUCGCACUCGCAGUCGAUCUCGUGGACGCAGUUACUCGCCGCUGAAGCGUGUGGAUCGCGAGCGGGAGCGGGAACGUGACAGGGAGCGGGACAGAGAGCGGGAACGCGACAGGGAGCGAGAGAGAGAAAGAGAGCGCGAGCGAGAUCGCGAGCGUUAUGGAGGUGGAGGAGCAACCACAACAUCAGCACGUCCAGCUGCCGGCACUGGAGGUGGAGGUGGCAAUCGUGGCUAUCGACGCGCUGCCAGUCGAGAGCGUGAUGAGAAUCGCAGCGGAGCAGCUGCAGCUGGAGCUGGAGGAGGAGCGGCAGGUGCUGCAGCUGCCAAGCGACGUCGCAGUGGCUCACCCAAUGGACCGCGCAAUCCCUUCUCGGGUGAACCGCGCAAUCGUGCGCUGGAGAGCAGCGCCAGUGGCGGUCGCACCAUGCCCAGCGACGAGGACGAGGAGACGCGCGCCUAUCGCCUGGAGAUCGAGAAGCAGAAGCAGCUGCGCGAGAAGAUCAUGCGCGAUAAGGAGCUGAAACGGCGACGCGCCGCCGAGGAGAAACUGCACGAGGAGAAGCGCGCCGAGCAGCACAGUCCGCCGCCACGAGAGGAUUCGGAGAGUGGGGUCAGUGGACAGGGACACGGACAUGGACACGGACAGGGACAGCUGGCGGGAUCAGCGGGAUCAGCAGCAGCGCCUGGCAGCGCACAGAAACAACAACGUCCGCCGUUGGGCAAUGAACGCAAAGUGAUCUCGUUGAAGCGACGCGAUGAUACGGAGGCGGGCAGUGGGCGUGGCAGGCAGCAGCAGCAGGCGGCGGGAGGAGGAGGAGGAGGAACGGUUCGCAAGCAGCUCACGGCGGCAAAGAUUGCGCCAGAGGCAAAGCGCAGCAUUACCGAGCACCUGGCGCCAUCCAGUAAACAUCAUCCGCAUCCACAUCAGCAUCCACAUUCGCAUCAACACUCGCAUCAGGUGUCAAGUCGAGGAGGCGGAGGCGGAGGAGGAGGAGCCGCUGGCGGCACACCGCCCACAAGCAGUGCCAGCAAGGGGCGUGACAUGGGCGGCAAUCUGCGCUUGGGCACGCCCAGCGAUGAUGAUGAAGUGGAGCUCGAUUACGAUGAUGAUGAUCUGCUGCUGGAUGAGGAGGAUCGACUGCUGGCCACGCCAUCACCGCCACCACCACAAGCAUCCCAAUCAUCGCAACGUGCCACAAAACGUUCGGCAACUCCCGAGCUGCUGGUGGUGAAACGCAAUCAUAAGAUUAUAAGAUCAGCUGGCAGCUUUAAUCCCAGCCAGCGGCGUGUGGUGCUUAAACCCGCCAGCAAUGGCAGCGGAGCAGGAGGCGCAGCAGCAGGAGGAGAGCAGCAAUCGUCGCAUGGCAGCGGCAGCGGCAGACAACGGGAUCGUCGUCAGCAGGAGCAGCACUUGCAGCGCAAAAGUGGCAGCAGUGCAGCAGGAGGAGGAGCAGGUGGAGGUGGAGGAGGCGCAGCUGGCGGCAUCUUUGAUCGUUUGGAAAAGCGAGGCGGAGGAGGAGGAGCAGGAGGUGGAAGCGGAGGCGGAGCAGGAGGAGGAGGCGGUGGUAAACAGCGCAGCAAGGCGCCAACGCGAAUUGUGCUCAAGCAUGAUUAAAAAAAGCCAGUUUAGUUGUUAAAAA